GAGAAACUAUUUAAAUUUUUACACCGAACAAUAUUAUAAUAUUAUAGUAAUAGAACAACUGUUGAGAACGAUAAUUACCACAGCUGAUAGUCCUGGUACACCUACUAUUGAAGAUGUUGGGAAGAACUUUGUCGAUUUAAGUUGGUCUAAGCCAAUGAAAGAUGGAGGUGCUCGUGUCACUGGUUAUUUAGUAGAGAAAAGGAAAAAGUUUGCUACUGACUGGGAACCCGCUACACCAGACGGAAAACCUGUUAUGAAUAAUAAUGCUCAUAUUGAUGGUCUUGAUGAGAAUGCUGAGUAUGAAUUCCGUGUGAGAGCUGUAAACGCCGCAGGAACUGGUGAACCUAGUCAACCUACAGAAUUAACCAAAAUAUGUCCCAAAAGAGGUAAAUUAUUAAUGCCGAAAAGAAAUACGACAUUAUUUGUCACGGUUUAUUAGCUAUGAUAUUUUAAAUUGUAAACUGGUCUUAUUUGGCAAAUUGAUAGGCUUUCGGUGGAUGACAAAGGUUAUCCUUUUAUGUAUUAUUAUUACUGCAUAUCAGUUAUACAUCCAAAUUAGUGUUUCAAAGGGGUAGCCAAGUAUAAGGCAAAUAUAUCUUUAAAAAAUUACACGGAGGAUUGUUGAUGAAAUAAAAUAAUAUUGUCAAUUUCAAAGUUGAAAUCAUGAGUCAAUUGAAGCUAGACCACCAUCGAAAACCUGGAAGCACUGAACGGCCGUUUCGUCCUAUUAUGGGACUCCUCAGCAGUGCGCAUCCACGACCCCCUUAACCGAUAGACCACUGAGCCGGCAACCGUCGGUGUUAAUGUCUAACUUCAACUGAUCCACGAAUUAUGAGCGACACUUCACCAAUUGCCUUCAGUGAGUUGUUAUCUCACAACAGACGUGGUUGAACUCCACUGGUCACUGCUUCCCACUAGAACUCCAGGACAUGUAUCUUGAAAUCAGUCACUAGUGAGCAUAUGAUUAUAAUCAGAAGGGGAUUUGUGGAGAUUUCAGUAUAUUUCAAAGUUGAAAUCAUGAGUCAAUUGAAGCUAGACCACCAUCGAAAACCUGGAAGCAUUCUAUUAAUUCUAUUAAUUAUAAUAAAAUACAAUAUUGUUAAUGUUGAGAUGACUAGUAAAUAAUGUUAACUUCAAUAGUGUAAUAAGAAAACGAAGAUUAUAAGAACUAUAUGAUAUGUAUUAGCACAAUACAUUUCGAACAAUCUGAUCACACAUAUACUUGUUAAGAACACUUAUAUAUAAAAUAAAAGGUCAACUAGACUGGAAAUGGGGGGGGGUAAGAGUAGACAAGGAUAAUAAAGAUAAUAAUGUGAAAACAAUUUGAAACCUAAUGACUCUGGGUAAUAAGCAUUUAUUACCAGGGUAGGUUUAAGGAGAGAACAAACUGUUUUUGAAUACACAAAGGGGGUUUGAGUUUUUGUAUGGCUAAAGCUUCAAUAAACUUUAAUAUGCGCCCUUUUACACUUUUAUACAACACCACAAUAGCCGAGUUAAGAUCAAUCUUAUGGCCUGUUUCGAUUAUAUGUUUGGCAAUAGAGGAUGAUGAAUGUUUAUCCUCUACUCGUAUCGGGUCAUUUGAUUCUAUUUGUUUCUGCAACCAUUUCGGUACAUGUUCACACACCCUAAUUUUCAGAUCACGAUUGCUCCUCCCUAUGUAUGUGUGACCACACACACAUUUAAAUUGGUAAACGCAGUGGGAUGUGACAUAAUGGUUUUCAACAUUUCAAAGAUUUAACUAUGGAUCGUUAAUUGAAUAAAAAUUCUGAUUUAACAUAGAAAAAUUUAUUUUUACAAAAACUAACGCAUUUUCUGAGCUAAAUGGUUUUUUCCAUAUACCUAAUUGGUUCUUAGGGAGAAAUGUUUUUGGAUCUUAAAAAUGAUAUUAUUACAAAAUGGUAUCAGCUGAAAAAUAUUAAGGAUUGGAUGACAAUUUUCGUUCUAAUUUAAGGGCUUCUUAUCUUUGUGUGUCCACUUCCAAAUACUAGAUGAAAAUGAGUUUGUAAACAUACAAAAUAUUUCUGGCAAAUCGUCUAUUGUAUGAAUAGUUGUUUUGUCACUAUUGACAGAAGCUGAGAAAGGUUGCAUUCAGAAAUAAUUUUCGGUGGGUUCAGUUCAAACACAGGUAAGUUAGUAAUAUACUGAAAGCUUUGAAUGAAGACUAUAACAUUUUACAGACUGAGUGAUUAUGAGUGACUAGUGUAACGAUAUCGAGCAUAUUACAAAAUCUGUGUGUCUUAGGUACGACUGUAGGUGAAAACGUAAGUGAUUACUGGUGUGGCACCCCAAACGCGCUUAUAAAUUGUUCUUCGACCUAAUUUUGAAAAGGCAUUUUCCUUCAAAGUAAACACCUUUAGACUGCACCUAUUUGCAGCACAGUAGAUAUUAUUUACUAUUUCUCUCUGAUAUGAAAACUAUGAGUACAGGAAAAAAAUAUCUGGCAUUUAACUAUCAGUUUUCAUAACUAUCAUACUUAAUCUUUCAGCCAUACAUAUUACGCGUGAAUACCAGUUCUUGCAUGUUCGUAGCCAGCAAAAUUCAUUUCUAAGAUAUGCAUAGGUUUCAUUUCGAAAAAUCUUCACGAAUCUUCUUCAAAUAGUGAUGGUAAAAAUAACAGUUUUUUAUGUGGUAUGAGUAGAUGGAUUAUGAAUUCUUUUCUCUUGAAAAUAUAACCAUCCCUCAUAUGUAGACAUAUACAAUAUCUUAUGAAAGAACCAAAGUCGAAUGUAUAUUACGCAGUGUAUGUUUAACUUGCACCACUGUGAUCUUACAAGUUAUGGGCUUGUUUAAGUGCUUUCUUGAGUUAUAAUACUCUUUCCUAAUACCAUCAUACAUAGAAAAUUUGAAUCUAUUGUUUAUUUCAUUAAAUACCAUCUUCCUUAUCAAUUCAGUGAAUACAUCAUGUAGAAUACAAGUAAAAUAACAAUAUAACGUUAUUAAGCCAACUUUCUUGCUGAUCAUUUGAUGGACUGAUAGAUUUAUAAAUAACUCAUUUAUAUUUUUACUGUCAACAUGAUAUCCAUUUAUACAUCACUUUAUUUGUUUAGUUGUAUUUUCUUUAUUGAAUAACUAUAUUCCACAGUUGAGAAAACAAAAGUCACAAUAAUACAAUGGACUUAAACAACUAAGCCAAAUCUCAUGUUUCCUUUUUUGAGGACAUCAAAGUAGAUAACAGACUUAUAUUCAGACAUAAAAAAUUAGACGAUUAGUGAAAUUUCAACUGUUUACAUAAUAUCAGUUACCAAAGAUCAGGUUACACUUGUUACUUAGAAAAUUCAAUUUUUAACAGAGUAGUGUGAAGACAAAACUAAUCUUAUAUCAGUAUAGAUUUAUGGAGAUUGUUGAGUAUUUGAUUGAAUCGAUCAACGUUAGGCCAUCACUGAAAACCUGAAAGCACUAGACGGCUGUUUGGUCCUAUCAUGAGGCUCCUCAGCAGUGCGUAUCCACGACUCCAACACAGGACUCGAAUUCUACAGUCUAGAGACCAAGCGUUUACGCACGAAACCUAUUACCAUCAUUAACACUGUAAUAUAUAUUUAUAUAUUGUUCUCGAUAGUUAUUUAUUCUUUUCAGAUAUAUAAUUUGAUAGCAGACAAAGUUAAACAACAAAUUGUCUUUCCGCCAAUGAACCCUUUGUUUAACUAGUAAUAAAAACCAUAAAUAUUGGUACUGUCUGAUCGUUUACGUAAUAAAAUGCAACACUAUGUUUAUUAUUUAUUAGUCUGAAUUUGAUCAAUGACUCUUUAAUUCUAUUCAUCAAGUUUGAAUUUUCCCAUGUUCAUUUCAUAAAGCCUAAACAUCAGAAAUAUGUCCAAAGAGUUUUAAUGUAUACAGAUAAACAUAUUUCAUAUCUAGUAUCACAUCCAUCACUGUAUAUAAACCAAAUUAACUAAUUAUGAAUUAUUACUAUUGAUGUUAAACAUUUAGAUUAGAUACCCUAUAAAGUAUUUUCAUUCUAAUGAAUAAAAAAAAGAUACUUUUUAUUUCCUAUUCACACAUUAUAUAAAAUAAAACUAUCUAAUUAU